UUAUUGUAAAUAUGGAAACUCCACUCGUUCAUUUAACAGAAAUUGAAUUAGAAAGUGUAUAUGAACCAUCUGAAGAUUCAUUUUUACUUAUAGAUGCUUUAGAGUUAGAUUCCGGAUAUUUUGAAUAUAAUAACCCUACAUUGUGUUUAGAAAUUGGUGUUGGAUCUGGUAUUGUCAUUACUGCUCUAGCAAUGGCAUUGAAAAAAUUUUGCUAUUCAUAUUUCCUUGGUUUAGAUAUUAACCCUCAUGCUUGUAAAGUUACUAAAAAAACAAGCGAUACAAACAAUGUAAACAUCGAAAUUAUUCAAAUGGAUUUAUUAAAUAAUAUACAAAAUAAAAACAUUUUUGAUAUUAUUAUAUUUAAUCCACCAUAUGUUGUAACAGAAGCAUUAGAAAUUUUUGAUAAUAAAUUGAUUAAUAAAACAUGGGCUGGUGGUUAUAAAGGUAGACAAGUAAUGGAUAAAUUAUUUCCAAUGAUUCCUCAUCUUUUAUCCGCAAAAGGUAUUUUUUAUUUGCUUGUAAUAAAGGAAAACGAACCUACUAAUAUUCUACAACUUUUUGAAAAAUUCAACAUCAUUGGUUCAAUCAUUAUUGAACGAAAAAUACAAGGAGAACAUUUAUUUGUGUUACGUUUUAAAAAAGUAAUUCAUUAA